UCAACUGCCAAACUUACCAGCACAUCCUGUCAGAGGUCACACUUGUCAAUGAGACCCAAGGAAGAAACAUGGCGGACUUCUUCAUCCUGGCCUUCCUCAGAAGAAACGCAACAGAUGCGGGCUGUGUGUCGACUGCUAACAACAGCGCUGAGUGGCUGCAGAAGAACUUUGGCUCGUUCUCUCAGUUCGUGUCUCUCAGAGAUCUGCUCUCCAUCAACGGACUCUUUAAUCCCUUGGAGACCCUGGACAAUCUCACUCCAAAGCAGGUGGCUGGACUGAUGGCUGAUAAUCUGCCUGGUCUUCCAGAGAAGGAAGUCAUCAUCAAUAGAGUGUUUGAUCAUCUGCUUGUGUCUCCUGUGGAACGAGGACUUCCUGAUGUUCUCCAAAACCUGCUCUUAAUCUCACAGAUGACCAUUAUUCCGUGCAGCUCCUACAUACUGAUAUUUCAGAGGCUGUUUCAGGCUUUACCUUCCCUGCCGACAGAGAUGGAGACUCUGGUCUUCCACAUAACUGGAGAACUCAAGCAGAAUGGAGCAAGAGACUGCUCACUUCCUGAACCUCCAACAUGUUUGAUCACACCUGUGAAUGCUACCAGAGUUUGUUCAGGAGUCAACAGUAACGAGACUCUCCUGUCCGCUGGACUCGUGAGCGCCCCCUGUAGUGUGGACCUGCAGCAGUACGCUUGCUCUUCGAUCACAAGCUUCACUCCUGAAAGCCUGGCUGGGCUCCUGAAGUGUCAACUAUCCAGCAGCAGAAGUUACUCCAAGGAGAUCUGGAAACUCCUUUUCACCAAAGCAAAUGAUGUUCUGGACGGAGCCCUCGUCAUCUUCUCCAGCACAGCGGCAAAUAUGUCUCAGCCAAUCAGAGGUGAUGUCGUGUCCCAAGUGCUGGAUGUGAUUGGAGAGCUGAGACUGGAGCGCAUCAGUCCUGACCAAUGGAGUGACCAGCAAAACCUCAACUGCCAAACUUACCAGCACAUCCUGUCAGAGGUCACACUUGUCAAUGAGACCCAAGGAAGAAACAUGGCGGACUUCUUCAUCCUGGCCUUCCUCAGAAGAAACGCAACAGAUGCGGGCUGUGUGUCGACUGCUAACAACAGCGCUGAGUGGCUGCAGAAGAACUUUGGCUCGUUCUCUCAGUUCGUGUCUCUCAGAGAUCUGCUCUCCAUCAACGGACUCUUUAAUCCCUUGGAGACCCUGGACAAUCUCACUCCAAAGCAGGUGGCUGGACUGAUGGCUGAUAAUCUGCCUGGUCUUCCAGAGAAGGAAGUCAUCAUCAAUAGAGUGUUUGAUCAUCUGCUUGUGUCUCCUGUGGAACGAGGACUUCCUGAUGUUCUCCAAAACCUGCUCUUAAUCUCACAGAUGACCAUUAUUCCGUGCAGCUCCUACAUACUGAUAUUUCAGAGGCUGUUUCAGGCUUUACCUUCCCUGCCGACAGAGAUGGAGACUCUGGUCUUCCACAUAACUGGAGAACUCAAGCAGAAUGGAGCAAGAGACUGCUCACUUCCUGAACCUCCAACAUGUUUGAUCACACCUGUGAAUGCUACCAGAGUUUGUUCAGGAGUCAACAGUAACGAGACUCUCCUGUCCGCUGGACUCGUGAGCGCCCCCUGUAGUGUGGACCUGCAGCAGUACGCUUGCUCUUCGAUCACAAGCUUCACUCCUGAAAGCCUGGCUGGGCUCCUGAAGUGUCAACUAUCCAGCAGCAGAAGUUACUCCAAGGAGAUCUGGAAACUCCUUUUCACCAAAGCAAAUGAUGUUCUGGACGGAGCCCUCGUCAUCUUCUCCAGCACAGCGGCAAAUAUGUCUCAGCCAAUCAGAGGUGAUGUCGUGUCCCAAGUGCUGGAUGUGAUUGGAGAGCUGAGACUGGAGCGCAUCAGUCCUGACCAAUGGAGUGACGUCACUUUCAUCAGCAUGUUGUUGGGUCAAUAUCUGAAGCCGUUUUUACCCCUGUCAGAGGUCACACUUGUCAAUGAGACCCAAGGAAGAAACAUGGCGGACUUCUUCAUCCUGGCCUUCCUCAGAAGAAACGCAACAGAUGCGGGCUGUGUGUCGACUGCUAACAACAGCGCUGAGUGGCUGCAGAAGAACUUUGGCUCGUUCUCUCAGUUCGUGUCUCUCAGAGAUCUGCUCUCCAUCAACGGACUCUUUAAUCCCGUCGUCUUCACAUCUUCACAUUUGGAGACCCUGGACAAUCUCACUCCAAAGCAGGUGGCUGGACUGAUGGCUGAUAAUCUGCCUGGUCUUCCAGAGAAGGAAGUCAUCAUCAAUAGAGUGUUUGAUCAUCUGCUUGUGUCUCCUGUGGAACGAGGACUUCCUGAUGUUCUCCAAAACCUGCUCUUAAUCUCACAGAUGAUUUCAGAGGCUGUUUCAGGCUUUACCUUCCUGCCGACAGAGAUGGAGACUCUGGUCUUCCACAUAACUGGAGAACUCAAGCAGAAUGGAGCAAGAGACUGCUCACUUCCUGAACCUCCAACAUGUUUGAUCACACCUGUGAAUGCUACCAGAGUUUGUUCAGGAGUCAACAGUAACGAGACUCUCCUGUCCGCUGGACUCGUGAGCGCCCCCUGUAGUGUGGACCUGCAGCAGUACGCUUGCUCUUCGAUCACAAGCUUCACUCCUGAAAGCCUGGCUGGGCUCCUGAAGUGUCAACUAUCCAGCAGAAGAAGUUACUCCAAGGAGAUCUGGAAACUCCUUUUCACCAAAGCAAAUGAUGUUCUGGACGGAGCCCUCGUCAUCUUCUCCAGCACAGCGGCAAAUAUGUCUCAGCCAAUCAGAGGUGAUGUCGUGUCCCAAGUGCUGGAUGUGAUUGGAGAGCUGAGACUGGAGCGCAUCAGUCCUGACCAAUGGAGUGACCAGCAAAACCUCAACUGCCAAACUUACCAGCACAUCCUGUCAGAGGUCACACUUGUCAAUGAGACCCAAGGAAGAAACAUGGCGGACUUCUUCAUCCUGGCCUUCCUCAGAAGAAACGCAACAGAUGCGGGCUGUGUGUCGACUGCUAACAACAGCGCUGAGUGGCUGCAGAAGAACUUUGGCUCGUUCUCUCAGUUCGUGUCUCUCAGAGAUCUGCUCUCCAUCAACGGACUCUUUAAUCCCUUGGAGACCCUGGACAAUCUCACUCCAAAGCAGGUGGCUGGACUGAUGGCUGAUAAUCUGCCUGGUCUUCCAGAGAAGGAAGUCAUCAUCAAUAGAGUGUUUGAUCAUCUGCUUGUGUCUCCUGUGGAACGAGGACUUCCUGAUGUUCUCCAAAACCUGCUCUUAAUCUCACAGAUGACCAUUAUUCCGUGCAGCUCCUACAUACUGAUAUUUCAGAGGCUGUUUCAGGCUUUACCUUCCCUGCCGACAGAGAUGGAGACUCUGGUCUUCCACAUAACUGGAGAACUCAAGCAGAAUGGAGCAAGAGACUGCUCACUUCCUGAACCUCCAACAUGUUUGAUCACACCUGUGAAUGGUAAGUGCAUUUCUACAUUACACCUGUUUGGGAUGUUGAACCAAUCAGCCUGUGUAACGGAGUCUGAAUGAAUGCUGUGAUAAACUGAACCUGAAUCCUUGCAUUAGCCAACAUCCAUAAGCACUGAGGCCAAAGUUUCGGAGAUUUCGUCUCUAUUGAGCGUACUGUAUUAGGCUAAGCUUUAAGCAUUGUUAUUUUGAUACGAAACAAAGUCUCAGAAUUGCAAUUAUGGCCAUUUUAUUAGGAAAUUCAAUCAACGAAAACCGCUUUGGCGUUCUUCAAUGUGGCAUGAUAGAUCGCUGCAGCCAUCUCAGACCAAGCAAAGUGUCAGCGCAAAGUGCUUUCACUUUACUACUAGUGGGUGCUCGCCUGUGCGUAAACAAACGCAUAGCAAAAGACUCGUGACAGUCUCAUUUUUGUUCUGGAGGCUGAUGAUCCCGCGCUCUGCUGCCACACUGGAUGCACUCGCCACCAACUGGACAGGGGGGUAAUUACAGUUACAAAUUAGAGUAGAUCACCCUAAGUGUAAUCUGUCAAAGUGAUGGACGGCCUUCAGAUUUUUCCGUCACUGCCAAACAAAUUCCGUAAAUGAUGGACAAUUUUCGGUUAACGUGACCUCUA